AUUUCCUGACAUGACUUGCUCGACAUAAUUAUCCUACUUACAAGCCAAUCAUACAAGUCAGCCCAUCAAAUGAAGGCUCGACGUAUCGUUGGUCCGCUAGAUCAGCGUAAGAGGUUAACUCGCUGCCAAUCAUGUGCAAGGCGACGCAUCAAGGUUCGAGAGACAUCGCAAAACGUCAUCCAACUGCAACUAACGCGAAGAAAAGUGUGAAGGGGGCAUCCCUUGCGAAUACUGUAUCCGCAUGAAGAAGCACUGCCAGCCCCAAGCCGUCGCAAAAUCGGGGCUGACAUUCGUAAGCCACUCAGUGCCUCAGCAAAGAAGCAAGCUGCAGCCGCAAAUCAGCGACAAGCCCGACAGCGUAUACUUGAAGACAUUCUUCUUGUUUCUUAAACGUUGCGAAUUCACACCUGAGUUUGCAAAUUUGGGCACCGACUUUCUGCCUCUGAUUCAAACAUGUGCACCACUGCGAGAAGCAACAGUCGCGAUUGGUGCCCUGGAAAUCAGUCGAGCACCAAGUGCAAGGUCUUUUGAUGAACUUCAAUCACCGUACCACUUCGCAUUGAAAUCAUAUAGCAAGUCACUUACAAGCCUUCAGCUCUGCCUCCAAUCACCGGACGCAUUACAUUGCCAAGGUGUUCUUUGGUGUACAUUACUUCUUGGCUUAUUCGAGUUGAUGGUCGAAGUCUCUGGUGGCCAGUGGGCUAAGCAUAUGCUCUAUGGCACAUCAAGAAUAUUUCAGCUUUCUGGGGCCGGCAGUCGUUCUGAUUAUCUCGGCUCUCAGUCCUUUGAAACAUUCAGGUUGUUGGAGGGGAACCGAGCAAUUCUCUACGGCGAAGAUACCGUACUAUCCGACUACUCGUGUAUGGACCAAUAUGGCAUGAUCGCAUCAAGCCCACUAGACGAAAUUCUUACCUUUAUGAUCAAGAUCUCUUCACUCAGCAAAAGUUUCUUUGACCAAAUUGAGUCAAUUCCAGAAGAUCUGCGACAAAGCCAUGUGGAUCUAGAUAUACUGGCCGCAAAGAGUUGUCUUUUCCAGUACGAACUCCAGUCUUGGCACUCGCAAUCCAGUGUGUCCAUCAAAUCAUCUGGACCGUAUGGAAAGCUCGCGUUGGCAAAUUACCAUGCCAUUCAGCUAUUCCUGUGCAGGAACUUCACCUUUUAUGACUGCUGGGACACGAGAAUUAUCCCUGUUCUCACUUCUAGUGAGAUUGAAACUCAUGUUACUAGUGUGAUUUCCUAUUGCUCUGAAAUCCUCGAGCAUUCUAAAAUCGCUGGAGUGUUAGCGAUAUUUCCACUUCGAAUGGCGGGUGCGAACUCUGUGGAUUCUCGAGCGAGAAAAGAGAUCAUAAGACUGCUGGAUUUAAUAUCACAGAAAGGAUUUGUUGUGUCUGGGAGGAUCAAGGUUGAUUUAGUAGAGCUCUGGGAAUACCAGUACCGGAACAGUAAAGUGUG